CAGGAGGCGGGGCAGUCUUCGCGGCGCCAACCCGCUCAGCCCACUGGGGCCUCACUCUUUGCGUGCUGCCUGCCGAGCCGCUGCGAGGUGCGAACGCUGGGAAGGGGAGAGGGUCGGUCGGCCAGGGAGGCCCGAGCUGCGGGCGUGGGCACCGCGCACGCGCGGGGAGCGGAUUCGAGAGAGGGCGCGCCCGCAGGAGGGUGGCCUCGCGCCCGCGUGACGGCAGGUGUGCUGGGCAUCUCUGUCUCGUGACCGCAGAAUCCCGGGCACCUGACUUGGGUUGGGGUCCGUGCAGGCCACACCUCCUUCAGGCUCCAGCCUGAGAGCGGGGGCGUGGCCAAAGAGACUUAACACCGCUAGAGGCUCCUCCAGUCUGCGGAGGGCUCCAAGGGGUGUUGGAGGUCCUUCAAAUUGGGGAGAAAAUGGGGGAGCACCCACCUUCUUACCACCAUGGCGAUAAGAGGGCCGGUGCUCCGGAAACCGAGGCCCCGAAGGGGAUGGAGGAGCUGGGGGUUCCUGGAGGGAGCUCCAGAUCCAAGCUGGAAACACUUCCCUAGCUAAUGAGCUCGGAAGGCCUUGGGUUCUGGUCCUGCCUCCUCCCCAAAUAGCAGCGAGCGCUGAGGCAAGCCUCUGCCCCUUUCUAGGCCCCAUUCCUCACUCAUUCCCCGGGGGCCUCAGGCCAUCCUGGGCCGAGGCCGCACUCACCUGGUCUGCCGCAGAAUGGGCCUCUCCACCUUGGCCCCGGUGUGGAGUCCCCCAGGGCUGCUCCUAACCAUCGCCCUCUACCCGACUCUCACUCUGUACCCUGCUAAGGCCUUCACACCCCCACACCUGGACUACUGUGUCCUGGGCGCCGGGCCCGCGGGCCUACAGAUGGCCUACUUCCUGCAGCGGGCAGGGAGGGACUACCUGGUGUUCGAACGCGCCACGGAGCCAGGCAGCUUCUUCACGCGCUACCCACGGCACCGCAAGCUCAUCAGCAUCAAUAAGCGGUACACAGGCAGGGCCAACGCCGAGUUCAACCUCCGCCACGACUGGAACUCUCUGCUCAGCCACGAUCCCCGGCUGCUCUUCAGACACUACUCCGAUGCCUACUUCCCCGAUGCCAGCGACAUGGUGCGCUACCUGGGCGACUUCGCGGCCAGGCUGGGACUGCGCGUGCUCUACAAUACAACCAUUGCCCACGUCACUCUGGAGAAGGAUCGGCAGGCCUGGAAUGGCCAUUAUUUCAUCCUGACUGACCAGAGGGGUCAGACGUACCAAUGCAGUGUCCUCCUUGUCGCCACCGGUUUGUCAGUCCCCAACCUGGUGGACUUCCCCGGCUCUGAAUACGCAGAGGGUUACGAGUCUGUGUCCGUGGACCCCAAGGACUUUGUGGGUCAGAAUGUGCUGAUCCUGGGCCGAGGGAACUCAGCCUUUGAGACUUCAGAGAACAUCUUGGGUGUGACCAAUUUUAUCCACAUGCUAAGCCGCUCCCGAGUCCGGCUCUCCUGGGCCACGCACUACGUGGGAGACCUCAGGGCUGUCAACAAUGGCCUGCUGGACACCUACCAGCUGAAGUCCCUGGACGGGUUGCUGGAGUCCGACCUGGCAGAUCUGGCUGUGGUGAAGGACCACAAGGGCAAGUUCCACAUCACCCUGCGGUUCUAUGUGGAGGAGAGCAACCAGAGUGCCGAAGCCAUCACCCUCCCCCAGGAUGACAAUGACAACUUUGCCAUGCGAGUGGCCUAUGACCGGGUCAUCCGCUGCCUGGGCUGGAACUUCGACUUCUCCAUUUUCAAUGAGUCCCUCAGGCUGUCUUCAGGGGGUGAAUUCAGCAAGAAGUACCCACUGAUCAAGGCUAGCUAUGAGUCCAAAGGAAGCCGUGGUCUCUUUGUCCUGGGCACGGCCAGCCACUCUGUGGAUUACCGGAAAUCUGCUGGGGGCUUCAUCCAUGGGUUCCGAUACACAGUGCGUGCUGUUCACCGGCUACUGGAGCAUCGCCACCACGGCGCCGCCUGGCCCUCCACCGAGCACCCCAUCACACAGCUGACCAGCUCCAUCCUCCGGCGCGUGAACGAGGCUUCUGGGCUCUACCAGAUGUUCAGCGUGCUGGCCGAUGUCGUGCUGCUGAAGGAGAAUGCCACAGCCUACGAGUACCUAGAGGAGUUCCCCGUGCAGAUGGUGGCCCAGCUGGAGGCAAUCACAGGGAGGAAAGCCAGGCACGGGCUCUUCGUCGUCAACAUGGAGUACGGCAGAAAUUUCUCAGGACCUGACAAGGACGUCUUCUUCUAUGAACGGUCCGUGGGGCACACGGAAGACGCCUGGCGGUCUAACUUCCUCCACCCUGUCAUCUACUACUACAGGCGCCUCCCCACCGAGCAGGACGUGAGGUUCCGCCCCCCUCAGUGGCCCCUGCCUCGGCCCACGGCCAUCCAUCACAUCGUGGAAGAUUUCUUGACAGACUGGACCGCCCCUGUGAACCACAUUUUACCUCUGAGGCGCUUCCUGGAGAACUGUUUGGACACCGACCUGCGAAGCUUCUAUGCAGAGUCCUGUUUCCUGUUCGCCCUAACACGCCAGAAGCUGCCGCCCUUUUGCCAGCAGGGGUACCUGAGAAUGCAGGGGCUGGUGGGAACCAGAAGCCUCCUGCAGCACAGAGUGGACAGCGGGCUGCUGCGGGACUCUGCCACUGCGGGCAGGCGCACAGAGGACAGUGGCCAGUGGCCUGGCUACCACAGGCCAGGAGAUCAGCCCCAGGCUCCAGGACCUUUGGUCCAGCCCCUCAACAGCAACAAGGAGGAGCUGUGAUGCCCAGGUUCCCCACCUCACCCUAGGCCCACAGUCAGCCUUCCUUCCCCGCAGCCUCAUGCCCCCACCGAUGUGAUUGCCAAAGACCACUCGGACAAUAGCAGGGGCUGCACCACAGCCACACAGAGGGCACAUAAAGGCUAAGGGUGGCCAUGCAGCAGUCUCCUCCCCUCCUGUGGCAUCCAUAGGUGCCUGGGAGGUGGGGCUCACAGAAGGGCACCCUCUGCCAGGUAGGAGCAGCCUUGCACAGCUGGGCUUGUAAGUGAAUGGUCGCUGAGCACCAGGCUGCCUCAGUUCUGUCUCCAUCAAGUGCCCGGGGUUUCCUUUUCCUUCUGGUCUGCUCUUCAAAUGGGCCCAAAUGCCACCCUUCAGGGGGCGUUUCACAGGUUAGACCCAUCAUCUUCAUAAGGGUUUGUAGCAGGCUCUUUUACACAAGAGCUCUAAUACCCUCAACCAUCUAGGGCAGGUAGAAGUAGUACCUCUGAUGAAGACACCAGCUCAGGUUAGGUGACUCCCAGGAGUCCCUGUCUGGGUGGCUCUACAGCCUGUCCCGCCACACCACACCAACCCCAUCUGUUUCCUGAAAGGGGUGGGGAGGAGCUGGGCUCCUGGUUAUGGGCCCCGCGGCUCUUACCAGGCAGAAGGAGCCACCUUAUCAAAGCAGGCCUCUCCCUGCAUAGCAGAGCCUGGAGCGGCCUUCCCAAGGCUGCACGCCUGGACUUACCUUCAAUCUCUGUCUCCUUUCAUCUCAUCCUGUGACACUCUGAACACCCCCUGCCUCUGGCCGAUCAAGUUCUGUAAAACCAGCACCAUACUGUCCUUUGGCGGGGAUUCUUAGGAGACGAUUCACUCCUGUUUGAGCAGAGCUCCCCCUCAGCUUGUGCAGAGACAUUUAUUUGUUAAGUGCAUUUGCACGACUACAAUGAUGAACUUGAGUUCCUGGUCCCCUUAGCUGGUCUGGCUCUUCUCCAUUGUCCUUCCUCACCAGGAACCUGUUCCCUUCUUUACCCUCCCAUCAGACACUUCAGCCUGUUUAUGAAUGAGCUACAGGAAAGCAUCGUACACAAGGGAAUCCUGGCAUCUUUCAAGACCCGGGAUCCCAGGUGGUUGCUUUCUCUCUGGUUCUUACUGGCCCUUCAUGUAAAGCAUUCGGAAUUUGAGGGGCCCCACCUUGCUUGCUCCGAAGCCAUUUUUCUGGGACUGUUCUCCUGGUUAAAUCCAAAUUUCCUUCCCUGCACCAAACCCCCGCCUGCAGAUGCCUCUCCCUCCAGUCUUUUGCAGUUAGAACAAUGAAACUCCAGGCGCCUUAGCCUGCUGCAGAUAUUUACUCCAUGACAACACUUGGCAAAGUUUGCACGCAGCUAAAACUAAAUUAAGGUGUCUUUCUAAUCCCAGGGCAUUGGUACAGAUUACAAUUAAACCAAAAUUGAGCCCAUCAGCCCAUCUUUCCUUUCUAAAACCUUUUUUUUUUUUAAGAUUUUAUUUAUUUCUCUUUAGAGGGGAAGAGAAGGAGAGAGGAAGAGAAACAUCAAUGUAUGGUUGCCUCUCGUGCAUCCCCUGCUGAGAACUGGCCUGCAACCCAGGCAUGUGCCCUGAUUGGGAGUCAAACUGCAGUUGUUUGGUUGCCAGGCCGGUGCCCAGUCCACUGAGCUACACCAGCCAGGGCUCUAAAACCUUUUUUUAAAUGAAUCUUUUAACUAGUACUGUACCUAUAAUACCAAAUUCUGGUCAUACAUAUCUUGCCUCCCCAACUGCUGAAGAGUGGCUGAGCCCCUUUUCCAAUAAAAGUUCGAGGUGCUGUAACAAACAGUUUACUGAUGCCUGAAUAUGUGACAUCUGCUGCUUUUCCCAUCAUCUGCCAAAUCGUUAAUUCCAUCAAGUAUCAGCCAUUAAACUGGCGUUUAAUAAGACAUGGCUCCGUUCUCACUCAGCUAAGACGUCUGAGCAAACAUCCCCGAUGUUCUCCUGCAUCAACAGUUGGCUUCAAGCAGAGGAACACUUUUCUCCCGUGGAGACCAUCGCUGCGUCUUCUGGGGCUCCUUCCUCCACCUCCUGCCCAGCGGUUCUUGCUGUUGCCAGCUGGGCCAAGUUCCUCCUUUGGCCAAAGCUUGGCUUCAUUGAUUCUUUUUUUUUUUUUUUAAUAUUACAAAGUCAUUGGUGCAAAACAGACAAAUCAGUGAAAUAAGUCAGAAACAGACCCUAUUCUAAGUAAGAAGGAGAGGAUUUUCAAAAGAAAUCACAAACCAACGGAGAAGAUGAUGCAGAAGCAUGCGGUGAACUAAUGCUGGACCAGCAGGUUAGUAAUUCAAAAAAGAAAUAGACCUCAUUUUAGAGCCUGUUUCAUACUAUACUUCAAAACCAAUUCCAGAUGAAUUUUUUUAAAGCCAUUUAGAAACUAAAGAUGGAGAGGGAGCACUCUGAUAAAAGAAACACUUUUCUGAGUCUUUAGAAGCAACAAAGCAAUUUCCAAGAUGACAAGGUUUAACAUUUCUAAGUAUACUCAUCUGGCCUGUACUUAAUGAAUGGGACUACUUUAAAGAAAAUGGUAAAAGUUAAAAGGCAAAACAACAUGGGCAAAAAAAUCACAGCAGACUAUAACAGAAAUAUAUCUAUUAUAUGUAGAACUGAAAGAACUAGAAGAAAAAUGAAGUCAACUACAGCACACUCACCCAAAUGAGUAUUUUACAGCUCUCGGCUGUAGACUGAAAGACAACACACUACCGACACGUGGAGUGAAGUUAAGUGAAGGGGAGCGGGACGUGACAUUGUAGCUGCAGCCACUUCUCACUGCACGAAAGCGGAAACCACACACGGGAGCCACGGGAGGGGAGCAUCGGGAAAUGUCAUCUGUGGUUGUAUCAGGUUGGCAGAGCUUGUUUGCUUUUUAAUUUUGCUUUUUUUCCUCUUGUCCAAAUGUGUGGUUAUACUCUACAGUGAAAUAAAUACAUUUUU